UACUUUAUAGACGUGGGCGUUAUUUCACGUCACUAGAUACAUUAACUAGUUACGCGGCAUGUAACCGAGUCACUAGUUUCGCUUCAAAUUAAAAGUAGUGAUUUUUGUAAAUGCGUUACUGGGAUGGUUGGGUCAUGAGUGACCACGCGCACAAUAAUAUGAAUACGCGGCAUAUAACCGAAUCACUAGUUUCUCUUUCGAGUAGUAAUUUUGUAAAUGCGUUACAUUUCUUUCGCAUCGCGCCUACCGGCCGGUCGAGCGAGAUAGCAGAUCAGAUUUCCGAGUAAGCGAGAGCGGGUGACACGAAAAUCCGAAGUAAUCCGAACGCGCACAUGCCGUGGCAUACAACAAAAAACAAAACAGCGUAACAGUACUAGUUUAAGUACGUUUAAUUUUCAUACGUAAGACUAUAGACAUUAGACAAAUACAAUAAAAUAAGUGAUCUCUGUUUGUAAAUAAUUUCAACGGCUUGCGAUUCCAGGAAGCGAGCGUCAAUUUGUUGAAAAGUAAAAUAAAAGAACUUAGUUUGUUUUAGUUCGUCGUUGGACUUGUAUUUUUUUGAGUACUUUCUUCUAAAAAUUAAUAAAUGUUAUUUUGGUGCUUUUUUUGUAAAUUUAAUGUAAAGUUUCUUUGAUGUUAUGUAAAUAUGGUUAGGAUAUUAUGUAAAUAUAAUUAGUGUGGAAUUGUGGAUUGUCUCUAAGUAAACUAUACCUAAAUAAAAAUGUCUCGAUUGAAUUCUAGUGCUUUGUGGGAGUUUUUUCAAAAACUGGAUAACGAAAAAAAAGCGAAAUGCAACAGUUGUGGUGAAGUUUAUAGCUUCAAAACUUCAACUGCGAAUUUGAAAACACAUCUGAGGCGAAAACACCUCAAUGCGUAUACAAGCCUUUGUACCGCGCAAUCAACGGCAAGGACCCCAGAACAAAGUCGUGGGCAGGAACCCGCAGACGAUGUGCAACCUCAGCCCUCGUCGUCCAGCUCCGAUGCUGCCUCAGCUUCUACGUCCACUGCUGCAAGUACCAUACCCAUAUACCGCGCUGCGCAACAGCUCAUUGAUAGGUACGGAAUUAGCAAAAAAAAAGUAACACUGACUAAAAAAAGACAAAUUGACAAUGACCUUGCCGAUUUAUUUAUAGAUAGUUAUCACCCUUUCUCUUUAGUAGAGGAACGUGCUUUUAAAAAAUUUGCCCGACACAUACCUGGAUACGACUUACCAUCGCGAAAAACUGUCUCUAAUAUUCUAAUUCCUACAUUAUACGACCAAACAGUUUUACGAAAAAAAGAAGAAAAAAACAAUAUUGAAUUUCUAUCUCUAACAACAGACUUAUGGACGUCUCGGGUCAAUGAUGCUUACAUUGCUGUUACAGGGCACUAUCUAACAAAAGAUCUUGUUCUUAAAACAUUUUUACUAAAAUGUGCAGAGUUUAAAGAUACGCACAGCAGUACGAAUAUUCAAGCUGCAUUGCUCGAAACGACCAACGAGUGGAAUUUAACAAAUAAAAUAAAUUUUAUUGUUAGUGACAACGCACCCAACGUCAAAAAAGCCAUAGCUGAUAUAGGGUGGAAGCAUUAUGGUUGCUAUGGCCAUACGUUGAACUUAAUAGUGCAAGAUGCCCUGAAUUCAGUCCAAGCUUCUUUGGACAAAGUUAAAACUAUAGUCCGUCAUUUUAAAACAAGUACAGCAGCGCUAGAAAAAUUAUUAAAAGCGCAAUCACAGGAAAAGCCGGACGUGACACCAAAGCGCUUGAUACAGGAAGUACCAACCCGGUGGAACUCUACAUUUGCUAUGUUACAGCGAUUUGUAGAACUGGAAAAUCAAAUAUGUGCCACUGUUGCAGUUCUUAAAAAAGAUUUACCAAUUUUAACUCUCGAGGAAUGGACAGUAUUUCACGAACUGUGCAAGGUUUUAAAACCUUUUGACGAAGCUACGAAAGCUAUGAGUGGUGAAGAUUAUAUGACAGCCAGUACCAUUAUAGUCAUGACACGCUGUCUUAAGGAAUCCUGUGACCAACUGCUCCUGGAAGGCUUUACUGUUACAACAAAUAAUAUAAUUACAGUACUUCGGACAGGCUUGGAUAAAAGAUUUGAAGGUGUUGAGAGAAGUGGCACGUUCUCGAUAUGUACAUUAUUAGACCCAAGGUACAAAACCAAUGUAUUCUCAGACACAAGUGAGGCAGCAAAAGCAAAGAAAGUGCUGGAGGAAAUACUGGCAACGGAUAUUAGGCGACGACAUGGAGAAAAACAACCACAACAAUCGACUUCAACCUCUGCAUCCGUCCCAGUAAGGGAUAAAUUUUCACCAUGGACGAUUUUAAACAAUAUUGUUGGGACGCAGCAGCAGCAAGUACCUUUGUCGUGUGCCAUCAUAGUUUCCUACAAGUUUCCUAUUAAACACUAA